AUGCCCCUUUUUGGUAAAAAAAACUCGACAAAAAAAUCUAAAAAAAAUGCUAAGGAUUACAGUCAAAUGCCAUCAAUCGAAAAUAAAUAUGUCAUGAAAAAAUUAUUAGGUACAGGCGCAUUCUCUGAAGUCAGAUUAGCAGAAAGUAAAGAAUGCCCCGGUCAGUUAUAUGCUGUUAAAAUAAUCGAUAGGAAAGCGUUGAAGGGCAAAGACGAUUCGCUUGAAAACGAAAUAAAAGUUUUGAGAAGAUUAAAACAUCCAAAUAUUGUACAAUUGUUGGAAACAUUCGAAGAUAAGCACAAGGUAUAUCUCAUCAUGGAAUUGGUAUCUGGAGGAGAAUUAUUCGAUAGGAUUGUAGAAAAGGGUUCGUACACGGAAAAGGACGCAUCGGAUUUGAUAAGACAAGUCAUGGAAGCCGUGGACUACAUGCACGAACAGGGUGUCAUACACAGAGAUUUGAAACCGGAAAAUUUAUUAUAUUAUUCGCAGCAUCCGGAUUCAAAAAUAAUGAUAAGCGAUUUCGGAUUAUCUAAAAUGGAAGAUUCUGGAAUCAUGGCGACAGCUUGCGGAACUCCUGGGUACGUCGCUCCGGAAGUCCUAGCACAGAAACCCUACGGUAAAGCCGUCGACGUUUGGUCAUUAGGUGUCAUAUCUUACAUAUUACUAUGCGGGUACCCACCAUUUUACGAUGAAAACGAUGCCAAUCUUUUCGCUCAGAUACUCAAAGGAGAAUUCGAAUUCGAUUCACCGUAUUGGGAUGAAAUAAGUGAUUCGGCAAAGGAUUUUAUUAGAAAUUUAAUGUGCGUCGACGUCGAAAAGAGGUACACGUGCAAGCAAGCGUUGGCACAUCCGUGGAUAUCAGGAAACGCAGCAAGCAACCGUAACAUACACGGAACCGUUUCGGAACAAUUGAAAAAAAAUUUUGCAAAAUCGAGAUGGAAACAAGCUUAUCACGCGGCUACCGUGAUAAGGCAAAUGCAAAGAAUGGCACUGAAUUCAAGUUCCGGAGGUGGGAGGAGUCCGCAACCUACGACGAGAAACACGACGACGACGACAAACUCGGAUGGAAAUUAA